GCAGAGGGGAACUUUUCAGCGAAAAUAAUGAAAUAAUUCCCUGAGGAUGGAAGCUCGUUUCUGGCCGUUUAAUCGUUGUUUCUCGAUGUUUUAGGCUUUAAGAAAUCUGGAUGAGAUCGUUAUGCCAUCUCUUGAGAACUAUAUUCAGAAGAUUCAUAAAAAGCUGAACAAUGAAGGACUCGAAGAACGAAAGGUAAACUUGUCUUUAUGUAUAUUGUUACCUGCAUGUUGUGGAUUUAGCAGAAUUGUAUUAAUUCCUGUCCCUAAAUAUGCUUCUUAUUUUUCUUGUAAGAUAAGUGAUUUAGCUAAAACUUAUACUACAUUGAAUUGCCUGCCUUGAUUAAUUUUCGCUUCAAUUUGUAGAUAAAAAAAUAUCUUGAAGAACUUGAUCGGCUACCAAUCACUCUGGAUGUUUUGAAGGUAAGUUUCUUCGUAAUUUGCAUUUUAUUUAAUUUCCAUUAUCUCUAAAGAUUUAAGCGAUCAUGUGGAGCCUGAGAAACUUUUCCAUGUGUGAACUAUUUGAAGAGUAGAAAUAUCGAAUUAUAUGCUACCUUUUGUUUGUUUUUUCUUAGAGAAAGGAAGCUUUUAAAUUGAAUUAUCAUUUGAUUACAGAAUGAUAUGUGAAUCUGAUCUGUCUCCCUCGUGAAGACAAGAUCACGUUUUUUUGUCACGCGUGUAAGCUACUUUUGAUCUGUUUUCAAUCCAUCUGUGAAUCUUUUGGAAUCUGUGUGAUUUUUUCAAUCUUUUGUUUCCAACACUUUAAAGUUCUUUCAUGUGGUCAGAGUAGGAGAAUUUACAAUAUUAUCGACCGAGGGACAUGUCUCCAAUAUGACGUAAAAAUAAUGAUUACGUUAAAAGAAUGCUGUGUAUCAGUUUCUUAGCAAUGAUAUCUGAUGAUGACUUGUUCAAAAAUAUUUCCAUGUCUUUUCUCUUAAAAGUCAACUGGGAUUGGAAGGGCUGUGAAUCGUCUCCGAAAACGAGGUAGUGACAUUGGUGACAUUGCUUCCUGUCUUGUGACAAAAUGGAAAGAUCUUUUGAAACAAGAUAAGGACACAAAAAUUUCACCACCUGAUGUUGAUGAAAAAGAUGUACUUGCCUCUUGUGGUCCCACAGCAACUGAAUCAAAGGUGGAUCUUCUCAACAACAAACAUCACAAGUCCAAUCACAGAAAUGGAGAAGUUAACCCAAAGGUACCAUCUGAAUUAUAGUUCUGGGCUCAGUUGACCAAAGGGCAAAUAACCCUAUCCAACAGAUAAAUCACAAUCCAGUGGACAAGUGUUAAAAAUACAUGCUGCACUAUCCACUGGAUAGAGAAUUAUCUGGUGGAUAGCGAAAUCCCUGCUUCAAACAAUGGGGGCUUGGUGUAAAAGUGUGAUUGAUCUUAAGCACCAAAAAGUUGCAAGGACUCCUUGAAUUCUAUAAAAUGAACUGUAAGUAAUUAAGGCAUGAAACAAAGGAUGCAUGAUCUUAAACAGUCGCUGAAAAAAAUUUCAUUAAGGUUGUCAGCAGCCUGGCCUGGUCUUUGUUAUAUGAAGCAAUCAGGAGUAUGUCCUCCCUCCUGGAUGGGAUGUUAGUACAUCAAAGUUUAUCUUCUUUCCGUGUUGUGAAGUCUGACUUGUCUCCCAAACAUUUUUUACAAUAACAUGUUUAAAAUUCUGUGUAAAUUUGACUUAACUUCAGACACGGCCAACACUGCAACUCUGUGAUGUAUCAUUUGGAUGUGAACCUGUUAAUGUGAAACCAAAGAAAAAACCUUCAUCAUCAGCUGGUACAGCAACAAAAUUGUCAUCACAUGAUGUGAGAACAGACGGACUGGAGCUUCCACCUCUGCCAUCAUCAUUUUCAGUCAACAACUCACUGUUGCCAGAUAUCCAGCCAACUUAUAAACCAACAAGACUACCUGAAGUCUCAGAUGGUUCACCUAAAAAGCAUAGGGGUAUUGAAUAAAAGCUGUUAUCUUUUUUUCCUGAAAUCUCUCAUGCUCCUCAUUUUCUUCUUAUCAUUUAUUGUUGUCAUGACUACAUUGUGCCUUAAAUUUUGCGUUAUCAUUCAUGUGUAAAGAAUAGAUCUUCAAACAAGUUGUACUUAUCUCAUAUGUGCAGCCAUGAAUAAUGCCAAUCAUUUGUUUUACUUGUGCAUCUGUUGUAGCUUAAAACAAAUCUCAGGUCAACAUGAUUUUUGCCUGGUGUGAUUUCUCUUCCCCUCUAUUCUAAGUAGUCAGAAUCGUGGCCACUAAAACUUGGUCCAACCAGUUUGAAUCAUGUUAAUCUAACAUAAUGUUACCCUGCAUAAUAGUGAGAUUUCUGAAAUGAGAUGUGGAUGGUAAAUAAUUUAUGAAUUCACUUGUAUUUUUCAUCCAAGGGAGAGUAACUGGUGAGGUUGAUGAGCUUGCACUCAUGUCCAGAAAAUCACGCACUCAAGUAUUCUCUGGACGAAAAGUGGCAACUACUGUUACAAGUUAGUACACCUUGAUUUUUAUUAUUGUUAGCAUUGAUCAUUUUAGUUCCUCUUUCCAUGCCAGGAGACCCCUUUAUCUCGCUAAUUGCCAUUCACUUUCAUAGACACUCAUAAUGAUUGAAAUUGCUUUUUAAAUUAAAAUUGCCAUGAAUUAUAAUUUUUAUGAUAACUUGUCUUUAUACACCCUUUGAUCCCUAAGAGUGGCUAGAAACUAAUAUCUCCUUACGAUAUCACUCCUGAAGCACACAUGAGGGUCAUGAGAGUAAAGGAAAUGAUCAUCAACUAAAAGAAGCUCUUGAUUGUUUAACAAAUUCUCCUUGUCAGCACCUUGGGAAAUGUAUAGAAAACAGUAUGGAGAAUAUGCAUACUGAUGUCAGGGUGUAAAGGGUUAAUUACAACUGAAACAGUACAUAGCAUAUGAAGUAAAUACUGUAAGCAAUAUUCUACUUUGAGCAAAUUUUUCAUUCUGAGCAAAUUAGGCUUCUUACAAUGAUUUGAAUGCUAGUGAGUUUUUGUUUCAUCUCACAGAUGUGUCAUCUCUGUUUGAGUUGUCAAUAAAGAGCUUGAUUGAGAACAUUGAUGGUAUGUAUUCUCAUUCCUGAUUUAUUUGCGCCAUAUAUCAAUUACAAAUGAUAACAAAUUUUUACAAGGCUUUCAUCGUUUAUUUGCACAAAAAUGGAUUUGUUCUUUCUUUGAUCUCUGUCGUACUCCAUCCCAAAGAAGGGAUAGAUUGUGGCCACCAGAAUAUAACUAUAUUUUUCUGUAUACCUAUCUGUAUCUUUCAUGGCAGCUGCAGAAAUGAAAUGUUAUCAUCAUUUGUGUUUUUCCAUAUUUACUCCAGCUCUCAGUGAAACUGGUGGAGUUCCUUAUAAUAUUCUUCACCCUGUUCUCGAAAGGUAAGGUUUUUUUUGUUCAAUCUAGCAAUCUAAUACAAUGCACAUAUCAAGUAUUUUUAAGUCUUCAACAUAUUUAUCAGAAAGACUGCAUAGUUAUGAAUAAUGGUUAGACAGUUUGUACAUAGGUCACCAAAGUAUGCAUGUGGCCUGUGUAGUUAUCAAGUACGAUUAUCAAUUAUUUUAAAAUUGAUAAAGGAUUAUUGAACUAUAAUGCCUCAAUUUGAAACAUUUUUUUUAUAAUUCUUGAUGUUUACUUUUAAAUUUUAUGAGAUAACCAAGGGAUAAAUGUGGUGAUAUUAUUUAUCAUGUGAUUUGAUUGUAUUGAUGCCAAGGACAAAAUGAGCUUAAGUCAUUUUCACUGUUAAAGGAGCAGUCAAAUUUCAUUUGUGUGGUAUAUGCUUAGUUUAUGAAAACUGAUAGGUGAAGUUUGCCAUGAUAUAAUUAGCUUGAGUAGAAAAAAUCAGUUUGAUUAGUCAGCUUCAAUCUGUCAAUAAAGUAGUUUUGUUCUGUUUGGUUUGUUGGUUAAACACUCAAAUGACAAAAUCUCCUCACUUGACUCUGAUGACAUCACCUGCUGUGGUUGUCAAAAUGUCUGUCACUAUUAUUGAAAACAGUCCUUCGCAGGCCUAUUGUCACCAUGAUGAUCACACUGUACAAUGAACUGACUGUCCUGGGUGCCAAUCAUUUACUGUUUUGUGGUGUAUUUUUUAAGGUGUUCUCCACAGCAACUCUUGCAUUUGGAAGAAUGCAACCCAGUAAGUGGAAAUAUUUUGUAGUUUGUUGUGUCAGCUGGGUAAUAAAUAUUAAUGAGACCUCUUGAAUAAGGUUGUUCAUUACAAAUUUCCCUUAAUAGCUAAAAGUAGACAAGAGUUACUCCUAAUUAGCUGAAUCUGCAGCUCAUUUAAUUCAGUUGAUUAUUUUUGUCCUGCUUGAUUAAUAAUUUUCCUCUUGCUUUGAAUAUAUUUGUAUGCUGUAUGUGAGUCAACCAGGUACAAGUGAACAUCUUGGAAGAGGGAAAUGAAGGUAACUUACACCAUAAGAGUGAGACUUAUGCCUGACAUUUGAGAGUCAAUUUUUUUUUUCUGCAGUACUUCAUUGAUGAUACUGACCCACUUUGGGAGAGACAUUGCUGCAGAGAAUUCAAAGGAACAAAACCAAAAUCAGGGCAGAGCUGGAGAGAACUGUACAUGGUAAGUAUUGUGCUGUUACAUUAUAGUAGCAACAAACCAAACAGUUACAGUGUCUCAUUUCUACACUGGUUUCAUCUCCAUGGUGACACCAGCCUAUGAGUUAGCCAUCAUUAAUGCUACCACCUGAACAGUGACACCAUGCCUCGGCAGUAAUAUCAAACCCCUUAAAAAAACAUCUAUCAUGCCCUUGCCCCUUCUAUUCCUGCAUCAGUGCAUGCCUUCAAACAGACAAUUUAUGGUAACACUGUUUUCCUGACUCUCCUCUGAUUGCUGAAUCUUAAGAGUUUCACUAGAAGGGUUCUAAAAGUCAGACUGUGUUCACAUAAUAGAACAGUGUCAACUGAAGGUCUAUGUCAAAUUUUGUCUCUCCUACAAGCAAAAUGAAAGUGAAAGAGAAGUGAGGCUAAAAAAAAUACAUGCAAAAAUAAGUGCCAAUCAAGCAGCAAAAACACCUGGUAAGUGAAAAUGUUAGCUGUAGGGUAACAUGAGGACUUAGCAGAGAAAGACGUAAAACUUUGUUUAUGAUUAUGAAGAAGAUCAAAGUUAAAGCACUGGUUACAUAGUGAAUCACCCAAAUCUGUAAAUUGAAUAGGGCAUCAGAUGUCUGGUACUACUUGUUGAUUGACUACUUUUGGUUGUCUUAUAGUUUAUGUUAGCCAUGAGUUUUACAAAGACAUUAGAGUAGAAACCUCAGGGGUCUGGUUGCAGCUGUGUGACAACAAUUUUUGGAAAAUUUGUCCUUCUUCACAGAACGGCAGAUCAAACUUGCCUAUGUUGAAUCAGAGGCCAAACCUCCUCGGGAGGUGCUAAGAAAGCAGGCUAGAUUUGGGACUGGCUCCAGAAAUCAUGCUGGCAAACAUAUGGCCCCUCCCAUAGCAAGGGCUCCACAGGGACACCAAAGAAACCGCAGUGCUUCACCAACCAAAAAGCAUGCAUGUAUGUAUCUGUAAUGACAGUAUCAUAUUAACUGAAUUCCACUAAAUAUUUGAAAUAAAAUCAUUAUUAAUCAACAAAUUAAAUUACAUGAUUUUAGUCACACAAUUUUGGCGGUUAUUACAUGUACAUGUAUGUUAAAUAAUUUUAUUGUGAAUGUUCACUUUUAGUACCAGCACCAAUGAUGAAAAAGACAAUGAAACUCUUCAAAAACCAGAGGUUAGUCAAUAUGUGGAGACAUCAUGCUUCUGAUUUAGACCUACAGGUGUAAAAAAAAAAAGCUUAAGAGACCAUCUUGUGAUCUUGUGAGACAAUAAUCUAUGUUAUACCAUGACCACAACAAUGAUUAUUUCAUUGUAGACCUCGAAGUGCUAGUAUUCCUAUGACACUCGUCCUCAUGAAUUUUCCAUAAGGAUCUGACCACAAAUUGUGUACCCUGGGAGGGGUGGAUGGAGACAGGAUAUUGUGUAUUUCUGGGGUAUUGGGGGAGUGUUGCAGUGCCCAGUCUUUUUCAGAUUUGACAUUCAAGAAUUAGAUUGUAAUGAGCUUGUGUCUUAGAUUUCAGAGCUUGUAUUAUUUAUUUAAAUUCUCUAUUUUCCUUUUAGGAGCAGAGCAGCAACCAGCAUUAAGCGGAGGUAGCAUUUCUGUUACAGUAACAAUGAUUUCAUUUUGAUUAGACUGUUUGACUCGUAAUCCUCAAACAGUAAUAAGGACAUUAGAUAUUUUCUGUGAAAUUUUGGUUCUUUUCCUCACUGACUAGCAGUUUAAAGAGAAGUAAGUUCCAGAGGUCAUACAAUUUCAGUCGCAGCCAUUAAGAAUUUGAUAUAAUUAUUUACCACUAAAUGAAUAUUGAAAUUCAAAAGAGUAACUUUACAAGUUCAAAACUGCCUUCGUAUGUGCUGAAAGUCUGACUUUGAAUUCUGCCUCUGUAAGGUAGGCCUACAUAAAGGAUUCAGCUUAAGUACUUGUGCUGAUUUUUACAGGAAAAUCACUAUUUGAGUGAGAAUGCCACUUUGUGUAGCUUUUUCUUGUUCAAUUAGAUCCUAAAGAAAUGCAUUGUGUUGUGCCAAGAAAUAUUCAAAGUGGCAAGCAUUAUACUUGGAUUUUUAGAACAUUUGAGGAAAUUUUUGAAUGGUUGGCUCAGGUCAGUUGGAAUCUAAACAUAAAAUCAGUGGAUUAGUUCCAUAAAUACUUUUUAAGAGGUGAGAUGAAAAUGGCUUGGAUUCUGGAGCAUAAAUCCUUCAAUAAGGGUGAGGUUAUAGACUUAGAAGUAAUAAACAUGUAACGUCUCCCUAUAAUAUCCAUACAUUAUCCUUCAAACUGGUAAUGAGAAUAUUCAAACUAACCAGAUAAAAAUUGUUUUCUAGAUCUAACACCAAAUUUUUAUAACUAAUUUACAACAAAUGUGUAGCAGCUAGUAGGGAAAAUUAACAAUCAGAUCUCUGGAGUUAAAUGGUUAAGGUAAUUAUCAUGACAUUGAGUAUAAUUCAGGUAUAGGUUAAGCAUGUAUUGACUGGAGGCAAGUUUAAAAUUGUUUUAUAUUAGUAAACUAUUUAUUGUUUGCAAUUUUGUGUGCAGGGUACGCAAUAGUAUUUGCCAUUUCCUCUAUGUUGCUUGUAAAAACUCAGGCAAAGGAAGGGGGAAAUUAUUGGAAAGAAGGUAUUGGGUGACAUCAAAUACUGAAUUCUAUCAUCAAAGUAGGUGUGAAAUAAUUUAGUAGGUCCAAAUUUUUAAUUUAUAGGAAGAGAAUUGUAAAUUCUUGAUAUAAAUUUAAAAAAGGGCAAUAGUUUGGUAACAACUCUUAAAAAAGUUGUCAGACAAUUCAAUUGUGAAUUGCAUGUCAUUAGACUUAGGUGUGAUGCAGAAUAGUUUACCAUGGAAUUUGAUAUGAAUCAGCAGAUUUAAGAAGAUAGGCAUUGCUCAAGGCAUGUAGGUACUAUAGCCUUUUUAUGAAAUGGUGUAGAAUUCCUCUGAAUGACCAGAUCCAUCGUAAAGAAUUUAAUAUUAAAGUCAC